UCGGCCGGCGGGAAAAAAAAAGCGAGCGUUGCACACCGGGAUCGUGGAGGACUCGUCAGAUGGGGGGAGGGGAGGUCCUCCCGACACCCAAAAUGGCGGCGGUGGCCAGCAAGCCUGACUUCGCCGUCGUCUGCUCGUUCCUGGAGCGCUAUGGCGGCUGGCUGGAGCUGCCCGACUUCACCUUCCCCGAGCUGGAGCAGGCGCUGGAGAACAAGAAGACAGUUCCCCAAGCCCUGAUGGAUCUUCACUUGAAGUUGAUGAGGAAGAUUGGCAAGUCUGUGAGCAUCGACCGCUGGGAAAAAUACCUCCUCAAGAUUUGUCAGGAGUACAACAGUACGUGGGCCUGGGAGAUGGAGAAAAUUGGAUACACAGAGAUGGAUGCCGAAUGCAAACUUGGUCUUUUAAAGUAUCUGUGCGAGUGCCAGUUUGACGAUAACAUGAAGUUCAAGACUGCGUUGAAUGAUGAGGAGCCGGACGCCAUGCGGGUUCUUCCCAUUGGGCGUGACAAGGAUGGCUUGAUGUACUGGUAUCAGCUGGAUCAGGAGUAUAACGUGCGGGUGUACACAGAGGAACAAGACGAUCAAGAUAGUGCUUCCUGGAGUCUCAUUGUCAGGGACCGGAAUGAGUUGGCUGAAAUGCUUCAGCUGCUGAAAGCCCAGAUCGACCCUGCGCUGCUCACCAAGCUCGUGCAGGAGGACGGGUCCUCCCGAACCAGCCCCACCUCCGACGACGAAGAGCAAAAGAAAGUGAUGGAGGAGGCCCUCGAAGGGGAUAUAAAGAUUGAGAAUAAGGACCCAGAGGAGAAGAAAGAAGGACUAGAAAUGGAGGUGGAGUACAAACCAGCAGAUCCUCCGACCUCCACCUCUCCUGAAGGAAGUGAAGCAGGACGGGCAACGAAGGCGGAGGGUGAAGGGGGCUCCAGGCUGGAGCAGGAGGUCAAGACAGAAGGGCCUCCGUCUGAGAGCCAGGAGGACAGGAGAUUGGGGCAGCCCAAAGUGGAGAGUGCUGAGAAGGACAAAGCCACUCUAGGAGUGAAGCAGGAGGAGGUGGUAGAGUGGCCGAGCGUGAAGGGUUUUGGAAACACUGAGUGCCCGAGGGCGUCUGAGGGUGAUAAGCUGGAAAUCAGCAUCAAGGUGGAGCCUCCUGACGAGGUGAAGCAGACCCCUGAAGAGUUGGAGCGAGCUCUGAAGAACGUCAAGCAAGCCAAACUCCCCGUUAAGAAGAGGGAGAUUAAACUAACGGAGGAUUUCGACAGCCCCCCGCCUCCGGGCACCAGAGCCCCGGUCAGAGAGAGGCCAAAAACCGAGGGGGUGCAGCCAGCAGCAGCCGCAGAGAAACCGGCCCCCGAGAAGCAGCUGGUGAACGGCGAGACCCCCCCUGCCCCACAAAUCAUAAACCGUGGGAAAAUCCAGGCGGAGGUUCCGCUGGCGGGGAAGGCUGAAUGGAAGAACGACCCCAGGCAAGAUCCGGGCACCGUGUGCCCACCACUUGCCGGCCCACCAAGAGAAGAGGAAAAUGGCAUUGAUGUGUCGGCUGGUGAGGGUUCACUCCCCCUCGCGCUCGCUCUGGGGCAAAAUCAGACCGUUGAGAACUGUGCGGGUAAGGACGAGGCGGUCUCUGGGCCCGGGGAGCGGGUCUCUGGGCCCGGGGAGCGGGUCUCUGGGCCCGGGGAGCGGGUCUCUGGGCCCGGGGAGCGGGUCUCUGGGCUCGGGGAGCGGGUCUCUGGGCCCGGGGAGCGGGUCUCUGGGCCCGGGGAGCGGGUCUCUGGGCCCGGGGAGCGGGUCUCUGGGCCCGGGGAGCGGGUCUCUGGGCCCGGGGAGCGGGUCUCUGGGCCCGGGGAGCGGGUCUCUGGGCCCGGGGAGCGGGUCUCUGGGCCCGGGGAGCGGGUCUCUGGGCCCGGGGAGCGGGUCUCUGGGCCCGGGGAGCGGGUCUCUGGGCCCGGGGAGCGGGUCUCUGGGCCCGGGGAGCGGGUCUCUGGGCCCGGGGAGCGGGUCUCUGGGCCUGGGGAGGAUGAUUCGGACCAGGUCAAGGAAGGUUCAACUCACGCCAAGGGUCAGGACAAAAGUGAUUCAGAUGAGGUCAAAAGUCAGAACAAGGAUCAUUCAGACCAGGUGAAGGAUCAAGCCAGGAGUGAAUUGGAGCUGGUCAAGGGUGAAGUUGAGGGUGAUAUAGACCAGGUCAAGAGUCAGGCCAAAGAAGGUACAGAUGAGGCCAAGAGUGAUUCAGACCAGGCCAAAGGUGUCUCGGGUCAGGACAAAGGUUUUGCAGACCCGCAGAAGGACCAGGUUGAGGCUGUUCUGGACCAGGAUGGGCCAAGUAAAGAAGCUUUUGCAAAACACGACCAGGAAGACUCGCCAAAGAGCUCCGCAGAACUCACGCCCUGCGUCAGCGUGGCAUCCGAGCAACAGAAAGAAACUGAGGCCAAAGAUGUGAAGGAAAGUGAGGUCAGGAUCUCGGCCAGGAGAACGAGGGCCUCGCUGAGGCCGCGGGUUCAGGAGCGGGACUCGGAGGUAGAGGUCAGCCAGCGGGGCGAGGAGAGGCCAGAGUCCGAGCCCAGCGAGGGAAGGUGCUUGCGGAGGUCUGUGCGGAUCUCUAAACCCACGGUCAAGGUGACAGAGAAUCAGGAGAAGAGAGGUGGCAGGAAGGCUGGUGAGGACUCCGUGCCGCCCAGCCCCUCGGACAAGGGUGAGGAACUAAGGAAGGGGGAGAAAGAGAUACCCACGUCUCGAGGAACCAAGCGUAAGACGAAAGGCAGGAGGAGAGCGAGGUGGACCAAAUCCAGAAGCAGGCGCCGACGGCAGGAAUCCAGCGAGGAGAGCGAGAGCGAGGAAGAGGAGGAAGAGGAAAAUGAGCAGGAAGAAGCAGCAGAGGAUGACGAGCCCUGUAAAAAGUGUGGCCUCUCCAACCACCCUGAACUGAUCCUGUUGUGUGACUCCUGUGACAGUGGCUAUCACACAGCGUGCCUACGCCCUCCACUCAUGACCAUCCCAGACGGAGAAUGGUUUUGUCCGCCCUGUCAGCAUAAAUUUCUGUGCGAGAAACUGGAGGAACAACUGCAGAACCUGGACGUGAUGAUAAAAAAGAAGGAAAGAGCCGAGAGGAGGAAAGAGAGGUUGGCGUUCGUGGGCAUUAACAUUGAAAAUAUCAUAACUCCAAAAGAUGAAAUACCUGAAGAGCCAGAAAUUAAAGAUGUCAAAUUAUUGGAAAGGAGAUCAGGAAGAGCCCGGAGAUCCAUCAAUUAUAGGUUUGAUGACUUUGAUGAAGCGAUUGAUGAAGCAAUACAAGAGGAUCUGCAAGAGGCGGAGGGCAAAGGCGCUGGCAAAGGCAAGGACAUGUCCAACAUCACGGGGCAGUCUCUGGGGAAGGAUAUCUCCACCAUCCUGGCGGAGGCCAAGGAAAGCAAGAGGCCCUCCCGAGCGGCCGCCUGCAGGCGUAAGAAACGGCGACGACUGAACGACCUGGACAGCGAGAGCACGGCUGAGAGCGAGGAGAGCGAGGACGAGUUCCGCAUCAGUGAGAGUGAGGAGGAGUUUGAGAUGUCUGAACACAGCGAGGGAGAGGCCGGCUCCAACCAGGAUGACGAGACCUUCGAGGUGGGGGGGAGCAGACGGCGGAGGAGGUUCGCGGAGCCCAUGAGACGCAGCCGCAGGUUAAGGGGGAGAGAGGCCAAGAGGAAAUACUCUGAUGAAGAUGAGGAAGAGGAGGGGGAAGAGGUUGAUGAUGAAGGAAACGAGGGGAGCGAGGGCUCCAGCUGUUACAGUGACCUGUUGGACAUGCGGAGGAGAAGGUCCAAACGCAACCAGGCUAAGAAAGUGGAUUACCGAGAGGACUCGGGCUCGGAGAAGUCCUUGAAGAGCGGUGCUGGCAAAAAGCAGCUUCAGCGAGGACACAAACGCCUGCUGUAUAUUUCAGAGAGCGAUGAGAGUUCCGGGAACAAAAGCUCAGAGGAAGAUCAGGGGAGGGAGAUACCAUUCCGGAAACGCCUCAACAGGAUCGAGGACGAGGACGAUGACGACGAUGAUGAUGAUGAUGAUGAUGAUGGUGGUGGUGGUGAUGACGAUGAAGGUGCCGAGGAGGCGGGGGCAGACAAGGGUCAGCGGGAGAGCAGCAGAAAGACCACCUUCUGCCUGACCAGCGAGGAGGAGGAAGAGGACGAUGAUGAAGAAGAGAUGGAGGUGGAGGUGGCCACACCAAAGGGGGCUGUGACGCCCCUGGACAAAAAGUUGCCCCCCACCAAUGGACAGAGUCCCGACAAGGCCCCUGAGAGCGCGAUCAGCCAGGCCAGCGAAAAGGGGCUGGCCAACAAGGACCCAAGUGCGGCCCCCCAGAACCCCGCAGUGAACGGGGCUCGAGAGUGUGUCCCCCUGGAGCCCAGCGCUCCCCCGGGGGGGCCAGCCGCCGCCACGCCAGCCGAGGGGGGUGCGGGGGCAGGGGGGGAGGAGGACGAGGACGACCUGUUGGGAGUUACUGACCUUGUAGAAUACGUUUGUAACAAUGAACAAGUAUAAGACUUUUUAA